CUGAAAAAUUAUUCUCACAACUUAAAGAACGCAAAGAUGAUAUCGAUCGUAUAUUAUAUUCGCAAAACGCAUACGCUGUGGGUUCUGACUUUCAGAUUGAUUACUCCACACCAUGUAUUACUUGUUGGGUUGCUAAACUUGAAUUAUCAGUUAUGAAACAUCUUUCUGAAUUGUGUGAUAAUAUAUUUGAUAUUGUAUUUAAAAUAGUAGAGGCUUUAGACACAAAUAACGUUAGUAAUGUCCUUAGUACUUCUUCAAAAAUUACAAGAAUCCGGAGGGAAAUGAAAAAAAAACAUCGACAAUCCUAUGGUAAUGAUGGCAUUGGUCAUGACAGCGACGGUGAUUAUGAUGAUGACGUUGGUGAUGUUGGCAAGGUUAAUGCAAAAUAUAAUGGAGUCAUUAAAAUUUCAUUUGAUAGUAAAUUUAAUGCUAAUAAUGAAUCACUUGAAUCUGAUGAUGAAAUAUUUGAGUCCGAUGAUGAAAUUCCAUGA